CAAAGCCCCCGUGAGCCCCUAACACCCCGCCUGUUGCCGCCUAGGGGAAGGUCCGAAGCUCCAUUCCAAGUUUUUGGGCGCGUGAAAGUGGGAGCCAAGUUGGCAGGAUCGUCCACCCAUCGGAUCGAAAAGCCUGCAAUCACUUCGCGACGCCUCAUCAAAGGCGAACGAAUCGUCGCUAGUGACAUCCGACGCCGGCUUCUUGAGACUGUUGAACGUCUUACGGAGUAAAGGUUGAUGGGACUGUGGCUAAGAAAAUCAUAAAGAAAAAUAGCCCUUCUUUCCCAUACCCGCCUUAGUCCAUCUAUUAUAUCGUGAUGCUGUAGAGCAACUGGGAGCAACCAGGCUGUCGCGACAUGCAUCUGCCCGUUGCAGGCAAUGGCCUCGCCACCAGUCAGCCUCUUUAUCAGCCACAGCCACAGGCCGUCUCCGUCUCCUCAGCGGCAGCCGCACCACCAACACCAGCUGGAGAGUCUCCAAUUCUGCUGCGUUCUGCAGUGCCAGCAUCACCUCUCCAAGCACAAACUCAAAUCGUCGCCCCUUCGCCUGUCCGCAAUUUCGCCUCACGAGUCGGUCCUCGUCCUCCCAAAAGUGAAGACCAACGAGUCGAAGAAGGUCGACUGCCUCUCGUCAUGGAGCACGAAGAGAUGCCUGCUCUCCAUCGGACCAACGGUGGCUCCUCCUCUGGCUCUGAUGAGGAUCUUACCACCUCCGCAACAUACGGAUAUGCUACCUCCUCCUACGAUCCUGCCGAAUCCGCGAUAAACUUCACCCCUACAUCCUCGGUCUCCGCUUACACUCCUUCGAGCGGCUUUUCAUCAGGUCUGUCGUCUUGGAAUUCAUAUGGACCCCGACCAAGAGGAGGAAGUGGUGCCAAUUCAUCGACAAUGGACAGAACAUUCUCGGGAGAAGCACAACCUGCGCCAACAGAACUGCGUGGUGCAAGGCCGACAGGUCCUUUGCGGACACCUUCGAACACCUACGCUCCCCCGAGACGACCUCCUCAAUUGUCCCAAUUAAAUUCGAAGCGGAUGCACUCGUCCAGUACAAUGCGAGGUUCUAGACGAGACCCCAAUGCUCAGUAUAAAGCCCAAGAGAAGGCGUAUGUGCAGCGGAUGAGGCAGCAGCCGCAGCAAGAUUGGAUGGACAACGACCCUCGCACGCCCAGCAUCGGCUACAGCACAGAUGAUGAGACGGACGACGAGUCACCCUUGACCGAGCAUCCUUUUGACGACCCGUAUGAUCCCGAGACCUUGAUGUUCCUGGGUAAUGAAGAUAAUCUGCAACCUUCAGGAGAGGAGUUACAAAAUCCCCAAAACAGGGAGCGGCUGGAGUGGCAUUCGAUGCUGGCUUCCGUCCUCAAGGGCGACGUGGUCAAGCAAGAAAAGCAGAGACUCAUUGGCACGACCGAACAGAAAACCCGUACGGAGAUUGGCACAGAAAUCUGGAUAGGGGCAAGAUCAAAGUACUAUGGGCGCCCGCUACAAAUGCAGAAGAAACUCAUCGAAGAGAGCCGUAACAAUCUCGGGCCUGUCAUUGAGAGUAUUAUUGCCUUUGAGAUCAAGGGUGAAACCGUGGUCGGCAAGUCACCCAUGGAACAAGUAGAAGAGGCCGUGUCCCACAUUGAAAAGUGUGAAUGGCUAUACUCCUCGAGAAGGGAGCUGGAAGCUGCCCAAACCCGGGCGGCCUCGGAUGCCUUUCAAGACAGCUGCGAUGCUAUUGUCUCAUGGCACAACAUAACCCAGUCCAUCAACACCGAGCUCGCAGUUCUUCAGGCUUGGGUCGGUAACCCGGAACUCGACUUCAGCAAGCAGAAACGCCGUUCCAGCCACGACGGAGACUUGUCAGACGAAUCCUCCUUCAUCGAUCGAAUCUUGAAAGAAGAUGGUCUCAAGUCCCUGCAGGGCGACAAGAGCAUGUUCAAGGGAAUCAGCCAAGUCAUAAACAAGGCAAAGAGCACGUUGAUCCAGAACGCCGAAGCCUUUGCAGCCCGCCACCUGCCUCCCUACAUCGAAGAACUCUUGACCUUGAUCAAUUUCCCAUCUCGAUUGAUCCAAGAAAUUAUCCGCAUGCGCUUGUCCUAUGCUAGGAAGAUGAAGGAAUCUGCCCAGCAGUCAGUCAUGAUCAUUGACCAGAUGAUCUCACAGUUUCAGAUUCUGAUGCGGCUUGCUUGCCUGAUUAAGCAGCAGUAUCUCGCAAUAUCGCAUCCGGAGCCUGGAUGGGAUCUGCCUCCUUGUAUCGACGAAGCUUUCGACUCGGUUAUUGUUGAAGCUCUGAAAUUCUACUUCAAGAUGCUGAACUGGAAGUUGGGUGCAAACAAGAACACAUUCCGAGAAGCAGAAAUCCUCGAACAGGAAUGGGGCUUCUCAAAUGAGAUCGGCCGCCAAUUGGAGGGCGGAGAUAUUGAAGUGGCAGAACAAUUCAGCUCUCUGACGGCAAAGUCCCUCCUGCGGUUGACUGCAUCAUUUGAGCGCGAACUGCGAUCGAAACCGGACGAGAGUGCCCAAGAGAUGGAGAAGCGAUACAAGACGAUACUGGACUCGGUGCGCGUUCGCCAACGAAAACUAUUCCGGUUCUCACGAAUUCUGCGACAACGCUUUGAGAACGCCACCGAGUUCAACCUGGCCAUGGACGCAGAACAGCUGCAAAAUUUCAGCGAGUCACUGACCAUGUCUGAUCAUAUUCUACUGGACGUCGGCCCGAACAGCCCCAAGGGAGUCCAUUUUGUGGCCUCGCCCUCGCUUUGGGGCAGACACAAGGAGAUCCAGUCAAUACUGGGGACGUCCUUCCAUGCAGACGAUGCACCAGAGGAUCCCUCCAAUCCCUACAUCUUGGUGAUCAACCCAGAAGAUCCGAUGACUUGGGAAGGUCAGAGAAUGGACGUCGACGUCCUAGAACUGCCCACCGAUGUUAGACUGGGCCGUCUUCGGCUGGUCGCCGAUGGCUCUUCGCUCCGGCUGCAAGGUGCUCGGAUGGAAUUUGCCAACGCUGUUGGUCGAGAGCUUGAUGUGGUUAUCGAGCAGAGAGCCAACCUAUCAAGGGUCAACCAGGAAUUGGGCAAAAUCAAGAAGACCACCUUCAAGCUGUCAAAUACCAUCAUGGAGAGUGUCGAGGUCAUCCGGUCCCAGAAUGGCGGUAUUGCUAGUCCUGAGCUGGUCCAGUCAUGCUUUGCCUUUGCCACCGAAUUUGGCAAAAGAUCACUGACAUACAUGGACGCCAACCGGAGGAUGAUGAACAAUUUAAAACUUACCAGAUUGGCUUUGGACUGGAUCAGUUUCAUUUGUGACGAUUGCGAUGCCGCCGAUCGGCGGACCUUCAAAUGGGCUGUGGUGGCAUUGGAGUUUGCCAUGGCCAUGACUCGGGGACGAAACAUUUUGGACAUCAGCGAAGAGGACUACAAACGAAUCCGGAGCAAAGUCGCUGGAUGUAUGUCCGUUCUAAUCUCCCAUUUCGAUAUCAUGGGCGCGAGAUCCACCCUGGCUGCGCAACAGGAAAAGUCCAGGAUGGAAGCCUUGACGGGCAUGAACAAGCGGCUCGACUUCAACAAGUUGAGGAAUGACAACGACUGCCGUCAGGAGAUGAGCGAGCAGAGACUCACACUACUCAAUGCAAUCGACCAGGCUCGCGAAGAACGUGGCACAAAGACGUCGCUUGGACGGGUGCUGGAAGGCUCCAACGAGGCUGACCGAUCGCUGACAUUCCUGUCCUCGUCCGCGACCAACAUCACCAUGAGAUGGCAGCAAGGACAAUUUGUUGGAGGCGGCACCUUUGGCUCCGUCUACGCCGCUCUCAACCUCGAUACAGGCACUUUGAUGGCCGUGAAGGAGAUUCGUCUGCAAGAUCCGCAGCUCAUCCCGACCAUUGUCAAACAGAUUGGUGAUGAGAUGGGUGUCCUCGCCGUACUGGAUCAUCCCAACAUUGUUUCCUAUUAUGGCAUUGAGGUCCAUCGGGACAAGGUUUACAUUUUCAUGGAGUACUGCUCAGGAGGCUCGGUUGCUGGUCUGCUCGAGCACGGCCGGAUCGAGGACGAGACUGUCAUCAUGGUCUAUGCUCUGCAGAUGCUGGAGGGUUUGGCCUAUCUCCAUUCGGCUCAUAUUGUGCACCGGGAUAUCAAGCCUGAGAAUGUGCUUCUCGACCACAACGGUGUCAUCAAAUAUGUCGAUUUCGGUGCGGCCAAGAUCAUUGCUCGACAAGGACAAACGCUUAUGGCUCCCGAACCGCCUAAACGUAUUACCCCCGAAGGUCCUCAUAUCGCCAAUAAUGGGCCCGCCGCGAGGCAGCCACAGAAGACCAUGACGGGGACGCCCAUGUACAUGUCACCCGAAGUGAUUCGAGGGGACGGGCCAGCAGCAUCUCGGUUCUCCGGAGCUGCUGACAUCUGGUCUCUUGGCUGCGUGAUCCUUGAGAUGGCUACAGGACGCCGGCCUUGGUCAACGCUUGACAACGAGUGGGCCAUCAUGUACAACAUCGCUCAAGGCAACCCACCUCAGCUGCCUGCAGAAGACCAACUCAGCUCCACGGGGAUCGACUUCUUGAAGAAGUGCUUUGAACGAGACCCGGCCAAGAGGAGUACGGCGGCCGAAUUGCUACAACAUCCUUGGAUCGUGGAAAUUCGAAAAAUGGUGGUGGAUGAUUCUGAUGUCCAGACACCAAGAAGUGACUCUAGCGGAGGCAUGUCUCUGCCCAGUCGGCAGAAUUCUUCAGUGAUGUGAAGGCAUUGGAUAGGAUAGCCUGUCGGGUCCUCCGUACGGGGUUGUCAUCCAUUAAGCCUGCUUCAUGUCUAUAGGUAAUUAUAUCUCACCAUGCGCUGUGCGCAUAUUUCUCCCCGUA